ACAAAGUAAAUAAAGCAAAUAGGACGAUUAUAGAUGAAUCUAAAUUCUUUUUGUUUUUAUCAAUUCAAUUGUUUGAAUAUAACAAAAAUUGAGUGUUAAACGAAACAUGUUGAUAAAUUGCGUGCCAGCAGCCAUUUCUGCCAUAUAGUACAACUGACGUGCAUCAGUGGGUAGUAAAAUUGCUCGCGUUCACCCCACCCAUCCAGCAGCGUCCGCGACGGCGGCGACGACGAUUAGCAGUUCCAUGGAAUGCGAUGAUGCGGCAGUCGAACGGCAGAAGCUGGUCUCCAACGACGAGGAAGACGAUCAAGCAACCAUCACUAACCUGUCCUCCAGCGGUCAGGCCAAGUCAAUACAGACGCCAAUUUCUCCCGUACUAAGCAAUAAGAUUUUCUCCAGCGGCGAAACAAGUCGCAGUCACAAUUCUACUAGUUAUACCGCUAGCCUAGCGGGAAAAGCUGCCCAGGGAGAUGCCGCACCAACGGCUCGACUAAAUUAUGUCAACGAGCGUCGCAUUGGCCAGGAUGCCAAGACCAAACCGAAAAAGAUUCAAAGAGAUCUCACACCAUCCAGUGUGAUCAGUUCCAGCAACAGCAGUAGUAAUCUUCCGGUCAGCUCGCGGCUUUAUCGUAGCACCGGUCCACAACAGAAAGCGUCCGAUCAGUCGUCAUUGGCCAGCAACAGCAGAUCGAACGCCGCCACCGCCAACAGUAGUUCAAUUAGCUUGAACAAGAGCUACAGCUUUGCUUCGCGCUCACUAAAGCACCAUUCUUUCAUCUCAGAAGUUCCGGACGUGCGGCACAUGGAGCGUGCCCUACUUGGGUUGCUCGACGACUUCCACUCCGGCAAGCUGAAAGCGUUUGGUUCUGGCUGCACGAUGGAACAAAUGACCAGCAUCCGUGAACAGCAGGAAAGUCUCGCGAAACUUCACUUCGAUCUAGGCAAUGAGUCCUCCGCUGCAUCGGCGUCCUUCAGCAGUAGCAACGCCGACAGCAACCAGUCGCAAGCUAACAUGAAGAAGCUUGUCGCCAAAUUGGAGCAGCUAUCGUUUUCCAUUGAGAAGUUACAUUCGAGUAAAGCAGAGCAAUGAAAAGCUGCACAAGGGGAUAUAAAUAAUAUAGGUUGGGCGCUAGAGUUCGGUUCCAAGUACACAAUAUAGUCCGAUAAUAGGUGCUACUACAGGCGUCGGAAACAUUUUUUUUAUUUAUGAUUGCAAUAACAUAACUUAUCAGAUCACUAAACCAGAUAUAUAUGGUUCGGAGGAAAUUUAAUUAAACUUUUGUUUUAUACACAA